AUGUAAUUAACCAUCAUUUGAAAUACAUGGCAAAUAGAAACAAUGUGACAGAAUUUAUUCUACUGGGGCUUACAGAGAACCCAACAAUGCAGAAAAUCAUAUUUGUUGUGUUUUCUGUCAUCUACAUCACCACCAUGACAGGAAAUGUGCUCAUUGUGGUCACCAUAAUUGCCAGCCCAUCACUGAGGUCCCCCAUGUUCUUUUUCCUGGCCUAUCUCUCCUUUAUCGAUGUCUGCUAUUCCUCUGUCAAUGCCCCUAAGCUGAUCACAGAUUCACUCUACGAAAAGAAGACUAUCUUAUUCAAUGGAUGUAUGAUUGGUGAACAUUUUUUCGGAGGUGUUGAGGUCAUCCUACUUACUGUAAUGGCCUAUGACCGCUAUGUGGCCAUCUGCAAGCCCUUGCACUGUACCACCAUCAUGAAGCAGUGUGUGUGUAGCCUGCUAGUGGGAGUGUCAUGGGUAGGAGGCUUUCUUCAUGCAACCAUACAGAUCUUCUUCAUCUUCCAAUUACCUUUCUGUGGUCCUAAUGUCAUAGAUCACUUUCUGUGUGAUCUAAACCCUCUGCUCCAUCUUGCCUGCACUAAUACCCACACUCUAGGACUCUUCGUAGCUGCCAACAGUGGGUUCAUAUGCCUGUUAAAUUUUCUCUUGCUCCUAGUCUCCUAUGUGGUCAUACUGUACUCCUUAAAGACCCACAGCUUAGAGGCAAGGCAGAAAGCCCUCUCUACCUGUGUCUCCCACAUCACAGUUGUCAUCUUAUUCUUUGUGCCCUGCAUAUUUGUGUACAUGAGACCUCCAGCUACUUUACCCAUUGAUAAAGCAGUUGCUGUAUUUUACACUAUGAUAACUCCUAUGUUAAAUCCCUUAAUCUACACCAUGAGGAAUGCUCAGAUGAAAAAUGCCAUUAGGAAAUUGUGUAGUAGGAAAGUUAUUUCAAGUGUCAAAUAAGUGUGACUGGAGCCCAACAUGAUUCAACUGAGGCAAGGGUCAAAAGGACAUUUUGGGUAAU